GACUGUCACCGCCGCUUCCGAAAAUCAUUCUCGGCAGCGCUCGCAGGGUCGAACGCGCGUUUCCGCGCGCGUUGCUUUCAGUUCCGCGCGGAUCGCGCAUCGGAACGGGGAUUUUUUGGGAGUUUCGGGCGGUCCGCGUCGUCACGUCUCUCGGCCCUCGGCAGCGCGCGGCGACCCCGCCGAGCGAGACACCGGGUCCGUCCUGACAUAAUGGCGAGUCUGAGACAGACUCCAUUGACCUGCAGCGGCCACACGAGGCCCGUUGUCCACCUGGCUUUCUCCGAUGUCACGGAUUCCGGCUACUACCUCAUCUCCGCCUGCAAAGAUGGAAAGCCUAUGCUCCGCCAGGGUGAUACGGGUGAUUGGAUCGGCACGUUCGAGGGACACAAGGGUGCCGUCUGGGGAGUCGCGCUCAAUCCUCAGGCAACUAGGGCUGCGACUGGGGCGGCAGAUUUCAAUGCCAAGGUGUGGGAUGCCAUCAAAGGGGAAGAGAUCCAGUCGUUCCAACAUAAUCAUAUCGUCAAGACCGUGAACUUCAGUAAAGACUCCGAUUACCUUUGUACCGGAUCCAAUGAAAAACUGGUGAAGAUUUUUGACCUGAACAAGCCAGAAGCUGCACCGCAGGUAUUCUCAGGGCACACGGGUGGCAUCAGGCACGUCACGUUCUUCAAGGAUGACACUUUAUUGGUCAGUUGUGCCGACGACAAGACCCUUCGGGUUUGGGACAGGGCUAGUGGCCAGGAAACAAAGAAGCUAACCUUCCCAGCCACUCCGAGCUCCAUGGAAGUCUCCAGAGAUGGAAAUAUCAUUACUACCACUCAUUCGAAUAUCGUCACCUUCUGGGACAGUAAAGAAUUAACCAAGAUUCGGGAAUUCACCGUGCCGACUCAGGUCAACAGUGCGAGUCUUCACCCGGAUUGUAGUAUUUUCGUAUGCGGAGGAGAGGACCUGAAGAUGUACAAGUUCGACUAUAGCACGGGAGCGGAGAUCGAAUCCUUUAAGGGCCACUUCGGACCCGUCCAUUGGGUGAGAUUCUCACCGGACGGUGAGCUGUAUGCUAGCGGCUCCGAAGAUGGUACCCUGAGGCUUUGGCAGACCACGGUGGGCAAGACCUACGGGCUCUGGCGUUGCGUAGAACAGACCCCGGCCAUCCAGGAGAACGCAGCCGUGUUGAACAACAAGCAGGAGGUUCCUGCGAGCUAGUCUUACCGGGACAGCGAGACUUCCGGCCCAAGGGAAACCGGGAAAGGAUCGACAGGACGCGAACAAUCCGCCGAUAAACUCCUCAAGGACGUUCCUGGAUCGCUAUUGAUCAUCAGCCUGGAUUAGCGGCUCGGCCGGCAAGGUCUUAAAUCGAAAGCUUGGAGGACCACGAGGGAUCUCGAGGUCCGGAAAAAUCUUCCUCGUCGGGAAGGGAUUCUAACGCGUGCCAGAAAACGCAAGGUCUCCGUUCCCGAUGACCCUGACGUUCCUGAAGAGCUCCGACGCGACGUCCUCUGUUCUCCCCGGGGCCUGAAAGGAAAUUACGCGGGGAGAGAACGGAGUCUACCCUGAGGAUCGAACGGUCCGAGGGCCUUGUGACGUCGAUGCGUGGACGAUUGAUUACGAUUUAUCUUGGAAGCAUUUCUUCGGCGUGCUUGAAUUCGCGGUGUAACUGAGAAAUAAAGGGUGUAAGGUCGAGGCGAGAAUCGAAUGUAUGACGCGCCGAAUAGAGCGAAUUCUCUCCCGGCCAAGGACGCGGGGUUCCUUGGACAUGUGAAUCACGUCUUAGGCCGACGAUUUCGACAUUGCAUUACACAUUUCGAUGCCUUGCGUUUAUUCGCUCUAUUACGUGCUAACUCGCGGUAUCCUUUAGCAUUUUGCCUUUCGCUUUGUCAGCGCUCGACGCAAAGGUCAGCCUUACAGCCGCCAUUAGCGACCGGACCUGGUUGUGUUUCGUCGCAACGGGUGGCGUGCGAAUUUUAGAGCGAUUUAAAUUUACGCGAUGCCCCUCGUCUCUUCCUUGCUUUUAAGAAAGGCCCUUUUACGAGAUGUGUAAACCGCAGGUUAAGAUUCGCUUCGUAUGAGGAUCGUUUAAAAAGAUAUAGAAAAAAAAAAAAAAAAAGACGUGUGUCGAAUGCGGGGAUUUUUCGGGAAUUCGGGAAAAUUACUGUGAAUCUUUCGAAAUUAACAGUUGUACGGUAAACUCUUCGGGGAUUAUUUUAAGAUUUACUAUACAAUCGUGAACGUUUGGGAA